GUCACAAGCUGGACCAGACGACCGCUUCCCCUUCUCCCUCUCAGCUGCGCUUCGCGGGAACGCCAUGGAAGACAAGGGGACGCAGCCACCGGAGCCAGCCGCGGCCGCGGCGAUCUCGUCGGUGCUCGCCAACGACGACCUCCUCCGCGAGAUCCUGCUCCGCCUCGGCCUCCCCACCACCCUCGUCCGCGCCGCCCUCGUCUCCACCCGCUGGCUCCGCCUCGCCUCCGACCCGGCCUUCCUCCGCCGCUUCCGCGCGCGCCACCCGCCGCGCCUCCUCGGCUUCUACCACACGGCCAGGGCGCGCUUCCAGGACGAGGUCCCGGCGUUCGUGCCGCUGCCCCAGCCGCCGGAGCUCGCCGCCGCGCUCCGCGGCGCCCGCCUCCGCCUGGCGCCCGGCUCCUCCGGCUCCGGCCCCGACGCGCCCGUCAUCCUGAGCUGCCGCAACGGCCGCGUCCUCGCCGCGGAGUUCCCUCCCGAUGGGCCACGGGUCAGCAUCAUCAGCCCGAUGCACCCCGCCCGCCACCCACCGGCUCUCCCGCUGGUCUACGAACUCCCUCGCCAGCCGGGGCAGAUUCUGCAUGCCUCGUGUAUGCUCCUCUUCCCAGAUGUCGGCAGCGACGAUCCGUCCUACACUUUCGUGGAAUUUCUACGCAAAGAUCAGGAGAUGUUGGCCAAGGCAGUUUCUGUAAGGGCUGAAAUUUCGGAUCUGAACAGUGUCCGUGAAUCGGCAACUAUAGAGAUUCAGGAAAGCUGGGAAAGGAGCAUAAGGCGUGAUGUGCUUGUCAAUGGCAAUCUCUAUCUGUUGGGAGGGAAGGGGCAUGUUCUUGGGUUGAAUUUGGCAUCCAUGAGGCUAUUCUUGUUCAGAUUGCCAGAUGGUGUGCAGCAGCUACACCGGAUGGGAAACAUUGAGCUGCUACGCGCAGGCGAUUCCGGCUUAUAUCUCAUCCAUCUGAAGGGGUUUCAGAUUCAUGUUUGGUUCCGCGCCUCCGAUUCCGACAUCGGUGGUGGCAACUGGGAGCUGGUUGAUAACAUCUGCUUGGGCGAAUCGUUUGGUCAGUUUGCAGAGCCCAAUUGGGAAUCAGGGGAUGCUCUGGUUGCGCUCCAUAGGGUGGAGGACAAUGCUGAGGUGUUCUUGCGGGUAGACCGUGUGAUCUUCCACAUACAUAUCAUGAACAGGACGGUAAACAAAGUGUUUGAGAUGUCACCAGAGGCUUAUAGAUAUUUUGACAUAUUUCCAUUCAUGAUGCUCUGGCCUCCCACCUUCCCACAACUUAGGAAUGAUCAUGAUCAAGAUCAGUGAUCCUCGAAGGCGCAUUUGUCUGGUGCCUUGCAAGUAUGGUCCUGAAUUUGUCUUGUAGAUCUCUCACUGCUAGAAUCUGCUUAUGUUAUGUAUCUCUGUCUUUUAAGAUGAGGUCGAAGAUUAAUGUACUAUGCAUCAAGAAUAUAUAUUACCUGAUGCUAUCUUUGUCUGCUAUUCUGCUCUCUUUGUGUUAACCUGAUCGACUGACUGUACUUGGGUGGUUUAGCACACGGCGCCCAACAUGUAGUAAAUUCUCAAGAAUUUUAUAGCAUAAUUUCCACGUUUUCGAUGAACUGGUACCUUCCUCAUAAUUCCCGGUGUUGCUGUCUGCAUAUUCCUUGUGCAAUAACUCUGUAACCUUUGUUGUUUAGGCAA